UUUCUUUUUUGGCACAGAGACUAGGGUGAAAGACGCGGCGCUCUCUUUGAGAGGAGAGACAAAAGGUCUUCCACGGGAAGAAAGAAAAAGUAAAAAAAAGGCCAAAACCACGAAAAGCAGUUCCGUCUACAUCUGAGUUCUGUAAAUAUCUCGAAAGUCCAGCAGCAGCAGCAGCAGAAGACGACGACGACGACGACGAAGGGAGUCCCUGUGAUUCAUACUUCACCUCCUCUUUACAUGUCCAUUUACACCAACAACAACAGUCCCACCAUCUCCGGCAGCGGCCGCGGCGGCUGGGUUUUGUCCAUGGCGCGGUUGGCGGCCACUGAUUCGGCGGUGCUUUUCACGGCGCUGGCCGGUGUCGCCGUGCUAGCCUUCAUAGCUUUUACAGCUCGUAGGUAAAGUAAUGCCCUAGUCAAAGAAAGAAAUUUCUCUCUUUUUCUUCCAACCCAGUCAGGAAAAAAUUACCCCCACUAUAGCUGCGAAACCCUAGAGAACAAGAAAAAACAACUAGUACGAAUUUAAGUGAUAGAUAGAUGAAAGCUCUAAGACGUAGUCACACUUCAUCGUCGUCGUCGUCUCCGAGUUCGAACUCGAAUUCCUCUCCUUCUUCGUCGUGGAUUCAUUUGCGUUCGGUUCUAUUCAUUGUUGCUUCUUCCUCACCAGCUUCUUGUUCUUCCUCCGAUCGGGGUCGUCUCAAGUCACCGUGGUCUCGCAGGAAAAGAAAACAUGCCCUUUCGCCUCAGCAAUGGAGAAGUUUCUUUACACCAGAUGGGAAGCUCCGUUAUGGUGGAGUUAAACUUUUAAAAAAAGUUCGCAGUGGAGGUGUUGAUCCAAGUAUUAGGGCAGAAGUUUGGCCUUUCCUACUAGGAGUCUAUGAAUUGAAGAGUUCGAAAGAAGAAAGAGAUAGUAUAAGAACUCAGAAAAGAAAGGAAUAUGAGAAACUUCGUAGACUAUGCAGGCGGCUGCUAAAACAUAGCAAAGAGGGAUUUAAUUUGAAUGAAAUUGGUAGAAUUAGCUGUGAUGGGUACAGUGGGAGUCUUGUACGAGACACAGAAUCUCCUGGCUCUGAAGAUGUGGUUAGUGCCAGGGAGUCCCUUUCUAGUGUGGAAACGAGCCCAGAUAUUGAAUACUCAGACUACCACUCUAGUGCAUUAUUGGAAGGACAUGAUAGUGCAAGACAAACCACAAAUGCUGAUGCCUGUACAUUUGACACCGAUUCAUCCUACUCAGACUCCUCUGAAGAACCUGAAGUCAGUCGGACUUUCCCCUCUAUGGAAGGAACAGAAGAGAAUGAUCCUGACAUGAGUUGCAAGGAGUCGUCUUCUCCCUCGAGGACAGAAGUCUCAUCAAAAUAUCGCAAUGCUGAAGACUUUGCCUCUUGGCAGCGGAUCAUCCGCCUUGAUGCUGUACGUGCCAAUGCAGAAUGGAUACCAUACUCCCCAUCUCAAGCUGCAAUUUCGGAAGGUAGGGCACACCACUCUGCUGAGGCUGUGGGGUUGAAGGAUUAUGAUCACCUGGAACCCUGCAGGAUCUUCCAUGCUGCUCGACUGGUUGCUAUUCUUGAAGCAUAUGCACUUUAUGACCCUGAAAUUGGCUACUGCCAGGGCAUGAGUGAUCUUCUUUCUCCAAUAAUUUCAGUGAUUACAGAGGAUCACGAGGCAUUCUGGUGCUUUGUGGGUUUCAUGAGGAGGGCUCGGCAUAAUUUUAGGCUUGAUGAGGCGGGAAUCCGAAGGCAACUCAAUACUGUUGCAAAGAUUAUCAAGUCCAAGGACUCUCAUCUUUACAGGCACUUAGAAAAGCUCCAGGCUGAGGAUUGUUUUUUUGUUUAUAGAAUGGUGGUGGUACUCUUUAGAAGGGAAUUAACAUUCGAACAGACUGUUUGCCUUUGGGAGGUAAUGUGGGCAGACCAGGCAGCCAUUAGGGCUGGGAUUGGAAAGUCUGCAUGGGGCAGGAUCAGGCAGCGAGCCCCACCCACAGAGGAUUUGUUGCUUUAUGCAAUUGCAGCUUCUGUAUUGCAAAGAAGGAAGUUGAUUAUUGAGAAGUAUAGCAGCAUGGACGAGAUUUUAAGGGAAUGUAAUAGCAUGGCCGGGCAUCUUGAUGUGUGGAAGCUCCUAGACGAUGCUCACGACUUGGUGGUGACACUCCAUGACAAGAUUGAGACAUCCUUCUGAUGGCUGCGAAGUUUUUCUUUUAUCCAUGAUCUUCCUAGGAUCUUGGUGAUUCUUUACAGGAUCGCAAAUAUUUGUAGGCACUGCAUGAAACAAGCACCUGAGGUGCUAUAUGUGGUCCGAAUAGGGAAGUUACAUUGCUUGUUCUGCUACUGCUCACCGUUUUCUCUAUAACGAAGGUCCUACAGGCAGGCAGGCAGGGGCCUGUAUUGUCAAUCAGUAUACUAUAUUGGAUGAGGAAUAUCGAAGGGUCCCUUCUAUUAUUAUUAUUAUUAGGAAUAUUUGGUCCUUCAAUCUUUGAA